AUGGCUGCAGAACCUGUUUUUGGAAAAGGGGGAAGUCCCCCCUUCCGCUCGAUUCACGAGGAGAACUACAUCGAAGCCUCCGCUCUGCUCGACGCUGAAGACUGGCAAGCUUGCAUUGCUGCUGCCCAUGAGAACCUCUCAUAUCCAGGAUUGCCGCGGUACUGGCGUAUACAGAACCUCCUUCUCAUCUCGGAGGCAACGAAUGACUGGCAUCAAAGGGAGAAUUGUCGAGUCGCAGCUGAGCAGAUCUGGGGCAUCGCACGACGAGAAACACCUAACACCCAAAGGGACGCCAUCAAAAGCCUCCAGGACGUUCGCGGAGAACUGGAUCAGCUCUCCGCAUGGCAGGAGAGAGAGUCAGACGACGACAAGCAGAAGCUGCUGGCUUACAACGUGGCAGAGACCAAGCAGCCUGCUACGGACCAUACGCUCGGAAGACCUUCUGCGGACGAGGAAUGGCUGCCAACGGGACAUGGAUCCCACAACAGCAUCGGCGGUCAGUUGGCCUUGAGCAAGUGGGCAGACAGCAUAUACAGCGAAGAAGCCACAGAGGACGAAAGCCGCUGGAAUAACGAGUCCACCCGACAGGUCGAAUGUAACAGUGACGGAGGAGGCCAGAGACAGAUGGAGGGCAGCCAUGGCGACAAAUGCGCAACAGCACUUGCUGGAGGACUUAAUACAAGGGCGACUGAUACGCCUACGCGAAAUGAUUCUGUCCAAGGGAAACCACCUGCUAUGGAGUCUCUGGCCGCAGAGCUUUCAGCCCUACGCACGGCUACAGAGUCUCUCAAAGCAGCACAGCAGGCGACAAAGGAGGUAGGAGCACGAUUCGAGAAGGGUAUCGCGACAGUGACAGAGCUCGAGGACAUCAUGGUCGCCUCGUUGAUGUCCGGGAGGAGUGCGUCAGGACAAGAAAUUAACACGCUUGCGAAGGCUUUCGAGAGACUAGGGAGGCUGUAG